AGGUAAGUAUUCUUGUUUGGUUUCACUGCAAUUGAGAAAGAAAGUUGGCAUGGAGGCCGAGGGUUCUUCGCUUCCUUCCAACUACGUCACCAUCCUGCAGCUCAAAGAGCGAUGGCUCCAACAACAACACCAAAAUCCUGCAAAAUCCAAGCCUCAUGACGAUGAAGCUAGUUGUCAACCAAGCGGCGAAGCUGCACUUAGACGCGUUCCUCUUCAAAGACCAAAUCGCCCUGGGGUCAUUAACCAAGUCAUACCGGAGGUUGCCGUAGAUGAUUCUGGUUCUAAAACUCAAGUUGAUGCUGCGGAUAAUCAUCCAAAGGGAGAGGAGGAGCAGAAGACUGACCACUCCAACUCCAAACUCUCGAAGAAGAAAAAAAGUUCCCGAGCUCCAAAACCUAGGUCGGGCACCAACCAAAAUCCAAACGGAGGUGGCUCCCCACUGUUGGUACCAGAAGAGGUGAAGGAGAAUAAACAAACUCAGCACGUAGGUGGACGCCGGCGUCGGCAUCUGGUCUGUGAACCCAAUGACAGAAUGACAGUAUUUGCUCAGAGUGUGGACGACUUACGGCACAGUGAUGCUCGUGGUCAUGGCGUCGUUGAGGCUGUUGCCGCUACUGUGCACGUCCCUAUUGUGAGCCAGAGAGCAAAUAGAAGAUCGGGUGCAGGAAGAUACGAGGGAAAACCAAAACCCAAGCCUUCGUCGGAUCAGAAUGUGGUCUGCGAGCCUAAUGACAAAAGGAUACUAUUUACUCAGAAUGUGGAUGACUCAUCGCACAACGAUGCUCGUGGCGAUGGUGUAGUUAAAGCUGUUGCUGAUUCUGAUGUGAAUGUCCCCAUUGUGAGCCAGGAAGCAAACAGAAGAGGGGGUGCUGGAAGAUUCCAGGGCAAACCAAAACCCAGACCUAGUGAAUCCUCCUUUUUGGCGAGGAAAGGGAAAAACUCCCUCGUAUGGGUUAAAAAAGGAGAAUCUUCGACAAAUUGAUAACGCCAAGCUCCCAACCUCUGGUACGUUUAUAUUAUAUUGCAAGUCGGUGGUCAGCCAAGGAAAAAGGGAGAUGUAGCAGAAAUUACUAAUUAACUGAAUGGAAUGGAUUGGAUUGGAUUUAUGGUCCCGUUAGUUGAUAGCAUUUGUGCAACCAUUUUACCAUUUUACCAGCAUGCUAAAUCCCUGAUUGCGAUCCUUGGCCCAUAGGGAUAGGGUGGUA